CAAGAUUUCAGAUUUAAAUUUAUGGACACUAUGAACAAUGUAUCAAUUCAAGGAGAUCAACGUUAUAUCGACUAUAAAUUUGAUUUUCUAACCUUUCCAGUACUUGUUGCAUGUAUUCCAUUAACUUAUCUAGUACCAACUGUGUUUAUUAUUUUAAAAGUUUUUAAAUGUUACUUUAGAAAUUUGGUUGGAAAACAGGAAGCAACAAUGAAUCCACAUGUGUUUUUUGUAAUUGUUACGGCUCAGCUUACGAGUAUAUUCUUUAUGCUGUCAGAUUAUAUCACUAUCCGUCUUCCCUUUACCGGAAUUUUGACAUCUUGGUGUGCAUCUCAACAACCUAAUCAUCUCCUCAAAGUUUUAUUUUUCUAUACUUUUUACUUCACCUAUGUUUCAUGGCAGUUUCCAUUUCUAUUAUCAAUAUUGCGUUUGAUUCCAUUAUAUUACCCGCAGAAACAUAAUGAAGUUUGCGCCAAAACAAUUAAAUUUGCAAUUCCAUUCAUCUACCUCUACCCGUUUAUAUUUGGAUUCUCCCUGAUACCGGCAGUCGGGACAUGUCGACAACUUUUGGGUCCUUAUCAAUUUGGUGCUAUUUUUAUUUGGUACACAGGGAAUUGGUUUGAUAUAAAAUUAAUGAAUGGUUCAAUUUUCAAUUUGAUCCUCUGGCUUCUCCUAUGCAUUAUUUCAAAUUUAGCCCUUUAUUUUAAACUGAAAAAACUGAAAAAUCAUCGAAAAAGUGUGAUUCUCCAAAGAGCGGAGUUAUCUCUCUCGCUUACUGCACUUUCCAUGCUUUUGUCAUUUGUUACAACCCUGAUUUGUGCAUUAAUAUUUAUAAUAUUUCCAACAAUGGCAGUUUAUUUUAUUGCACUUCGGCCAUUUGGAAAUGACUGUGAAAUUUGUUUCGGCCCUUGGAUCUUCUACUUGACACAUCCUGCAUUUAAAAAGAAGAAAAUUUUAUUUUGGAAAGAUGCAUCAAAAAUUGGAACUAUUCAUACAACGUUUUGA